AUGCGUGAGGAAGAGACAACCUUCGAUUCUUCUACUGCACAACCGAAGGUCUACCAACUCACAGAAGAAGCUCUACAAAAUCUCAUUCAAGCUCAAAUGGGAAAUUCAUCUUCAUCUGCCCCGCCAAGUGACCAUAUAUUCAGCAGGACAGAGCAGUUUCAGUCAAAAGCUAUCUCUUUAUGUGACAAAAUCCAACGUAUUCGAAUCAACCCGUUAUCCGUAGCCGAAAAAGGUGGUACUGCGAGGGCUGCUCAGCCCUCGACGCCAUCAGUGAACUCGCAUCGCAAUUCUGGACCGAGCAUUAUUGCUGAUGGUUCAGUGAAGAGUGUUCAGCAGUCGAUGCAUUCAGUGAUUCCGCGGCAGAAUUGUGGACCCGGUGUUAUUGCUGGUGGGUUCCUCCUUCUUACUCAGUUUCAUAUACUGUGUGAACCGCUAGAAAGUCGAAUAGCAAAGGCGUUAUCGGGUUUCCUUCGUGGUUAUCACAUAUAUUUUUUACGUCAUUGCGUACGUCGUCGCGGUGGAUAG